AUGGAAGGAAACUAUCUGAACAACAGUAGUACUCCACAGAGAGAGGAGAGCUUUGGCUUUGAGGAGCACACAUGGGGAACUACAUGGCCUGCUAGAAACUAUGCUUGUAGCUUUUGCAAGAGAGAGUUUAGGUCUGCUCAAGCAUUGGGUGGACACAUGAAUGUUCACAGAAGGGAUAGGGCUAGAUUGAGAUCAUCCUUAUCUUCAUGGGUUUCUGAAUGCCCUAAACCUAACCCUAACACUAAGCCUAAUAACCCAACUCUUCUUCCACCCUAUUCUUCACCAUCUCGUUCAUCUGAUGAGCCUUUGAACUAUGCGAAUCCUUCUCCACUUUGCAGUCCUUGUCUCACUUUGUCUUCUUCACCCCUCCCAACUUCUACCAGUGGAGACAAGAAACCAAGACUCAACACUUCUCAUUCUCAUUUUCCUCUUUUGAGCCAUCAAAGCUGCGAAAUUAAGAUGUUGAUGAUGAGCAACAACAACACAAGGAGUGGUUUCAGUGGUAAUGAGGAAAUGAAGGACUGUGUAGGGGAGGAGGAGCACAAAGGUUUAAAGGACAAUGAGCAAAACAUUACGUUGGAAUUAGGAAUAGGGUUGCUUAAACACCAAGAGGAGAAGUUAGAUUUGGAGCUUCGACUCGGCCAUUUCUAG